GGGAGGGAGGGAAGCAGAGAGGGGGAGCGAGAGGGGGAGUGAAGGGGAGGGGAGACGGUCAGAGCUGCGCAUCUGUACAGGCAGCUAGAGGAGCGGUGGAGAAGGAGAGAGACGUACUGGACGAGAUGAGGACCGCGGCAGCAGCGAUGGACGAGCUGACAACACUGGGCUUGGAAACGGCAGACGAGGGGAAAACAUCGAGGACGACCGAUGAGGCAUGAAAGGGAAGGCUCAGGAUACGUGCCGUAUCGCCCCAACAUGGAGGCGUAACGACUGUAGCAUGCAUUAGAGGAGAUCAUUUCAUUGUAGCCUAGCAGCAGCGGCAUCAUCCAUCCGUCCAACCUGAGCGGAGAGGAGGAGGUGGAGGUGGUGGAGGAGGACAGAGGAGCAGAGAUGGGCUCCCAGGUUGUGCAGACCCUGCGCCAGGGAGUCUGGGCGUCUCUGACCGGGGGCUGGUACCACGACCCGGACCAGAACAAAUUCAACAACUCCUGCCACCUCUAUCUGUGGAUAUUUCUCCUGAUGUUGCCUCUGUCUCUCCAUCUGGUGAGUUUUUUAUGUAGGGAACAUGACGUUCAAGGCCGCGAAGGGGUUGUGAGGUGCCAAAAGGUAACGCUUUAUUGUCAUGCGCCCCGUGAAUCCUCUCUUGGAUAAAUGUGCUGUGGUAAUGCAAGAAUGUAAUGCCCUUCAUUGUCUGGUUGCUGCUGAGGAGAAUACUCGGCUGGAGGAGAAAACAGGCAGCACUGUCGCAGUGUUUUUUCCUCGCAUGCGGUGAGGGAACGCAUGGCUGCUCCUGGAUGUGGCAUUGGGAGAGACAGGAGGCGUGAAACUGACGAACACUAGAUACUAGUUUGAUGUGAGAGCCUUGAGAAAAGGGUCAGCGAAGGCUGCACUACCCUAAGUAAUACUGGAGUGACUGCUCAAUGUCCAUUUAUGACUGAUAUGUAGAGCUACAGCAUGUGUAGAGGGAAAAUAAUUCAGGAAACAUAGUGAGAGGGAAGAGGAAUAGUUGCUGUUAUAGGUCACACACCUUGACCUUUGCCAUGUUAGUGGAUGAACCUCAAACAGCAUGGCCCACUAUCAACCUGCUUUUCUAUUAUUUGUGAUAAUGCAUGACUUAUGUAGCGUGUCUCACAUUCUCAAUGACAUAUUUCUAUCUGAAGCAGAGGGGUUAAUUGUCAUGUUAAUUGCAGAUUAUCAUCAUGUGAACACUAUUUAUUUACAUCCUUGUCCUCUACACUUGGGUUAAUGGUGUGUAUACUGUGUGUUCAAUUACUCUCAGAAAAGACAUUCAUGACAGAGAUUAUUAAGGCAAAGUACAAAGCUCUGAUUGGACAGUGACAGCUCCGAUGUUUGCCAGCGGAGCUCUAUAGAAAUGUCUGUUUGGAAACACCCACUGCUUCCCCUGCAAAAACAACACAAGCUUCCUGAGAGACAAAAUGUUUCAAAUUUCAGGUUUAUUAGCAUUUUUAUCUGAAGGUCACACACACAGAAACAAAGGCUCAAAGUUGAGGGAAUAAUCUUUUAGAAGCAGGAAUGACACCGGAACAUGAUUUUAGAUCGUAAAUUUGUACCUGCUGACAUAAAUUAUUGUUCACAGCAUUCAACUCAACAAGAACUCUCUACAGACCUGUAUGACUCAUGUCUCAGCAUGAUGCAGAUGUUUUCUCUUAAAUAUUCUCGUUCUUCGCUAUAGGCUGUCCCUCCUCCGGGAUCAAUACACGUCAGUUAUCUACCAUUUAAUCAAAUUAGGCCAUGUGGUCCUCUGAGCUUGAAAUAAAUUCAGAAGCAGUGAGCUCAUGUAUACUUUAAGUCUGUAGGACUUAACAAAAUGAGAGAAGAUAGUUUGUGCUUUCCAGCAGCUGAAACAUCAUAUCAGAUAUUAUCGUAGGAGUUAAGAGUUUUGCUGAUUCAAAAGUGCUAAAGCUCAUGUCAUUUGCUCAACAGGCUUUGCCCCCCACCACCAUGGCUUUGAGCAUCUACUGUACCUCCAUCACGGUUUUCUUCAUCCUCAUCAAGAUGGCCAACUAUCGGCUCCAUGUGAUGUUUGAUGAGGGCGAGGCGGUGGUCCGCAGUAGCCUCUCAGACCUCAGCAAGGCCCCAGAGAAGAAAAGCAAUGCCUCAGACCCCUGCCUGCCCGCCAGUAUACGGUACGACCCUCACCGGUACACUUACAAUCUUCAAGUUAGAGUUGGUGUGAUUUAUCUGAAAUGUCCUCUGGCAUGACAUAGCACAGGAAUUUGAAGAAAUACCUUUAUUUUUAAGGCUUUCAGAUCCAGCCACAAAUGUAAAAAUGAGUAAAACACACCGUAUUUCAAGGUGAAAAUAUUAUAUUAGAAAACUGCAGAUUGCUACCCAUCAUAAAUGUUAAAUUGUCAGUGUUAAUGUUAGUUGGCUAACUCCACUGUCAUCUAUAAAUUUGUCAAAUAGUGUAAGCUGUAGUAACUUAGCUGUCUGUAGCUAUUGAGUUUUAAAUAGGGUGUUUAACUUUAUAUAGAGGCUUAUUUUACACUUUAUCUUCAUUGUCUUUUGGUUAAUUUAUCAUUUGAUACACAGUGAAAUGUAAAUAUAGCAUGUCAGAUUUCCCCCUGCUCAUGAAAGAUGCAAACCUUGAAUCAAUCACAACAGCAAUUAAACAUCAGAGUUUCUUAUCUUGAGCAUGACCACAGAGGAAAAUGUAGAUUCAGUAAAUAAAGGCAGUUCAGUCAAAUUGCUAAUAUACACAUGUUUAACAAACUACUAGUUUUUUGUUACUGAAGCUUCAACCUGGUCCCUGUUAGGUAAGUCAUAGGAAAAUCAAGGCUUUAUAUACAACGUAAUCAUCAACUUAGACUUGAACAUGUCUGCCUUUAUGUGUCUCAACAUCCCUGACAUCCUUUUCACCAUCUCCUAGUUUUCUUCUCUCUUUCUAUAUACAUGUCUAUUUUACACCCCUCCCCUUUGAGUUAAAAUUGGUUUCUGGAUUAAGUGUUUUUGAGUUGGAUACAGACUCUUUCCUCUUCAUUUCAAAGUCUUGACUCAGUGCAGCUUUGAUGAAUGGUUGAGCUAAUGAGGGGAGGUCAGAGAUCUUGAGUCGGCUACUCAGCUCUGGCACAGUUCAUCCACACAGGGAAGGAGGACAGAAAAUUUGUCUGCUUUCUUUUGAGUUUUUUUUAAUAGAUUAUGAGGUGUUUGUGGGAGGAGGAAACAGAGCCCAGACAUGUAUUUUUAGCACUUCCUCAACGUCAUAAAUCAGUGUACUUCACUGUCAAAACACAAGGGCUUGGAGUGAUUCUCUAAUGAAGGUGAUGUAUUGAUGUGCUGACUUCCAUGGACUCCAUAUCUCUCUGCCAUCAUUCAUUAAUUUAUUUGAUUUUACUCCUCUUUCUGUUGUUUUUGUCCUACAGGAAGAGCAGUACAGUCCCUGACAGUGUUGCGAUGACAAUGUUGGCUCGGAAGGGUCCAAGUCCUGUAAUACAGGUGACCGUGAAACAGACUGAAACUGACCCGGGGUUGAUAGGUGUGGUAAGUGAUAUUUAAUGAUGGACCCCUACAGAAAACAGUAUGCUGACCUACAUGAUGUCCUAAUUUAAAUCAUCUUGCUGCUUCUCUUCCCUGUAGGAUUGCUCAAAGUCAGACGAGGCAGUGAAGACAGUGGAAGGUGAGAGUAUUUAAUCUCUUAGUUUUACUAUGAAGGAAGGACAGAUGAAACCAAAGCACGGAAAAUUUAUUGCAACAUAUAAACAGUCAUUGUCAAAUUGGAAAUGUUGUGAGUCAUAUACCUAGACUUUGACAGCCAUUUGUUGUUGCUUUUUCACAAUAACAGGCAUAGUAUUAGGCCCCAGGAGGAUGUGUAAAUGUAGCUGUAGCGCAAGAACUGAAGGAAUAUUGUUUGUAUUUUUAGAGCUAUUGUAAUUAGUUGAUUAAUUGUUUGCUUGUUGAAAAAAACUGUUGGCAACACAUUGCAAACAUCUUAGUUGGUGAAGUAAUUUGCCAAGCCAGUCAAUAAACUUUUGCCAUCUAUAAUGCUAGCAUUAGCAUUAGCAUGAGCAUCAACAAGCCAAGGCGAGCUAGCUAGCCUCAGCCAUGCCUUACUACAACUGCCUGGCAUUAGCUGUCUUGUGAUUUUAGUUAACAAAGUAAUUUGUAAACAGCAAGCAAGUCAUUUUGCCAGUCUGACCACAGGAAAAAUCUGCUAAAGGCACUGUUUUAUUACUUUUUAAUACACUUUAUUAGCCAUCUUCUGUAACUCACAAUUGAAAAAAAGGUUGUCUGCAUGGUAUCUUGGGUAAAUUUGUGUAUUUACACGUAAAGCUACAUGAAUCUUGCUUUUCAUACAGGUAAAAUGAUUCUGCUGCUGCUUAUAUUAGUAACUGAGUGAUGAAUAUAGCAGAGUGAAUCAGUUGGACCACUUCCCUGUAAAUCAGUUAAUACUAAUAAUUACCUCAACAAUAUAAGAAGGUGAUCAGUAUGUUUUCAUAGUCCAAAGACAGGAUGUAAAAAGGAGGGGGCUGCAGGCCAUCUGCAUUUUUUCAUUUCUGUAGUGUUCUGCAUUGUGUCUUGUCAGAAUCACUCUGUGAUACAAGCUACAUUUGUCCCUUUUUUCCCCUAAUGCAUUCGAUAGCUUCUUGGACAGCGUAGCAGCUUUUCCUUUUCCUUUCUCUGCAAACACAUCGUUGUUGUAAAUUUUCUCAGACAAGCAGCAUCUGAUGUAGCAGUCAGCCAACAAGAGCAGCUGACUGCUUCCAGGAAAUGUAUGAUCUAAUGCGCUCGUGAUUGGUCAGAUCAGAGUCAGCCUAUCUGCACUUGGAAUGAUUGAAUCACAUAAUAACACAGAAUGUUGGUAGCUGUUAGUAUUGUUAUCCUGCAAGAACCAUACUUCUAACAGAUAAUGAUGAUACUGCAGUGGAAAUGGAGUUAUAUCUGUCUGACUUCUGCAGAUAAAAGUGUAGAUUUGGUGAGUGGCCACUGAAGCUGACCAUCAACACAGAUUUUUAGGAUUACAGUAGUUUGCUGAAAUUUCACUUCAGGUCAAUAAUUUACAUGUCUUUACUUUCCAGGACAGAGUGAAGGUGCUGCAGAGGAGAAACCUAUAGAGGGAAGCCUGCAACCAAGCCCAGAGCCUUCUCCAGAUGACCUCUCCAGCCCCAAUCCUGACCAGGCUGCCCCCCUGCUGCAGGCCCAGCAGAGGCCUCCUUCCCGAGCUGAGAGAGAAGAGACGCGGCCCGGAUCUGCUUGUGGAUCAGGGAAAAUGGAUGUAGAAAUAAUUGAAGCUGGAGCUGUAAAAGAAGGAGAAGACAUUCAGAGCUCUCUGACAGGGGCUGACAGAGAGCGAUCAGAUCAGGAAAAAUCAGCAGAGAAAGACUCAGGGAAGGAUAGAAUAGAAGAGGAAGAAUGUGAGGAUAAAGAUGGUGAUGGAAUGGAAACGGCUGAUGAAGGUCUGCCCCCCUCCAAGGGAAGUGGAGAUGAGAGCGAGGAGGAGAGUGAGGAGCAGAAGGAACCUUCAGAUGACAACAAUAACUCGUUGGAGACUCCCCGGGAGUGCCAGGAUGAUUUCAUUGACAUUCCUGAUCUCCCUGCACAGGUAGGCCUCACAGAUCCAGAGACAGAGCGGAAUUUUUCUCUGCCUUAGUAGAAUGUAACCAUGGCAUGUCUCAUGUUGUCUCAUAGGCUGAGCCAGUGGAGGAGAUGUACUGUUCGGAUGAGAUUGAAGUAGUUCUCGUGGACAACUCUGGCCCUCGGCCUGUGUCUGCUCACCUGGAUGAAAAUGACACAGUUAAGAUCAUCAUCACUAUGAGCUGCGACCCUCAGACUGCUGCUCAGCUGGAGGAGAGCGUCAAGCAGAGCCUUCUAGAAAAUGCACAGGUACAAAACAAUUAAAUUAAGGUAGAAGAUGAACCCCUUUACAACACAUGUUUCACCACUAACAGGAAAACAGUCAGUAAUUUUUUUUCUAAGAAGUCUGUCUUUAAAGUUUCCAACAGUCUCCCCUCUAGGUCUUUAUUGGCACUACAUGAUAACAAAAUGGGAAUUUGUUUUGAAGGGGUAUUCCGGCGCAAAAUCAAUUUAGGGUCAAACACACCGUAACACGAGUUAGACACUCUGUCGAGAGAUGAAUGUGACCGACCGCUUGCUUCUCUAGUUAUACCAACUUUAGUAACGACUGCACGAUAGCAAUACACAGCAACAAGAUUUGGACUUUAAUUUUCACAAAAACACAUCCGUGAGUUUUACUGUAGACCUCACAGGACUGAAAAUACUAUACCAAUUUCUUUCAUGAUUAAGACAUUAUCUGAAUUUAAUAUCUUGUAAAUAUGAUAAAAGAGUCAUAUAUUCUGUUAUACAACUUCAUUCUAGGUUAAUUUUUUAUUUUAAAAUUUGAAAUAGGUUCAAUUGUGCAAAAUUUAAGGCUUUUUAAAACGUCACACUUAUUGUGUCAUCAGGAGUUUAGAAGUGAAAUCAGCAUAUCUUUCCUGUUUUUUUUAUUUUAUCAACUUCAUGACCACUAAUGUAAAAUGAUACAGCUGCAACAUGAGAGUGGAUACAGUGUGUGUGUGACAUGUCUGUGUGUAUCUUCCAAGGCUCAGAAAGAUGCAGGAGAGUGUCACAUAAAGAUCCCCGUCAUCACCUUUGACUCCCCUGAGGAGGAGAAGCUGGAGGCAGAGGGGGAAGAGGAAGACGGCACUGGCUCGGAGGACGACCCCACCCUUAAACAGCAACACACCACCAGCCAAAGUGAAGAGUUUCACCUGUGCAGAGAAGCUACCAGUUCUGACUUCACCACAAUGGAGGGUCCAGAUCCAGACCAGGAACAUGUUGGUCUGCAGAUGACUAACGACAGCACACCAAGCCCACAGCUCACAAAUGACAACAGCUCAUCAGGUAUUGAUGUCCACUCCCACCCCGAUGACACAGAUCCUCUGGACCCUAAUGUGGAUUCACAAGGUUUCCUGCGUCUUCCGCCAGCUCUGGGCCGAUAUGGUCCUGGAGGAAGGACUCAUAUCCGAGGGCUGAGCAUGGACAGUGGGAAAGAUGCUGUUCUCCUAUCGGACCGCUCACAAAACACAGUAUGUUGGCAGUUAAGCUCAUUCUUAUCCUGUUUAUCCAGACUGCUCUGUCUGUCUGUCUGACAUACAAACAUUUGUCUCUCUACUAGACCACCAUGACCAGCUCCAAGUCAGAUCUGGAAGCAAAGGAGGGGCAGAUACCCAAUGAAUCCAACUUCUUGGAGUUUGUGUCUUUGUUGGGGUCUCUCAGUGCCAGAGCAGGCACAGCUAGCAUGCAGGAAGACGAGGGAACAGACUGCAAAGAGGAGGAAGGCACUGCAGAGGAAGGUAAAUCCCAGCAUGAGUAUGAGGUGUAUUUUUGUUUCACUCUCUUUAGAAUAUGAGUGCGAUGUAUGUGUGCAAAUGUUGACACAGUUUUGUGAGCUAUAACAAAAAACUUUUGCUCCAUGGCACCCAGAAAGUUGUAAAAGAACUUGUGCUGCACAGCUAGCUUCCAUAGCUGACUGCUGAUGAGACCGAACCGAAAUAACAAAAGCUGCUUGCCUUAAAAAAAUAAAAAAUGCUCAAAAAGUCCAAAAUCCACUCAGCGCAGCCCACUUCAUAGUAAAAGUUGAAGUAGUUUGGAUGACAAUCAACAUUUCUGCCACGUUAAUGAAAACCUUUCCCACUCAAUCUGUUCGCAGAGAAUCUGAGUGCCACUUCCAGACCAGACCAGACGAUAACAGAGCCAAACACAGACAGCAAACCAGAGAGACGAAAACCUCCCACCAGUCUGCCCACCGACACACUCCAGGCCAUACCACCCCCACAAAUCCCAAUAGUUUCCCCUGACAGGUACACAUGCUUAUUCACUCGUACACUUGAGCAGAAAUCCCUCUAACAAACACACAUCUACAGAUGAGCACUCAGCAUCCAGGGCUUCCACUUUAUCCUUUCCUCUUUGCAGUCCACAGACGGACAGAGAAAAGGAUCCAGAUUAUGAUUCUCUGCCUUCCCAAACCUCUCAGUCAGAGAGCUCCAUGCUGCAGGUGAUCUGCAGACCUGAGGCUACCAACAAAGAAGAGGCCUACACCUUCCAUACUGUACACAGUAAGCGGCUGCUCUAAAAAUGAGAAUUAUUGUCUAAAAUGCAAAGUUGAGAAUCUUGAGACAAACUCUUCUUGGUAUAUGCAGUAAUAGAUAACAAAAGGGUUGUGUACCUGUACAUAGAGCCAGGUUUUUAUCCCGUGACAGUCAGAUAAUAAUGUGUGGAGGGUUUUGUCAGCAGCUCAAACUGCUAAACAAGAUGGUAGAUCAAAUGAAAAACUUCUGGAGUGACUCCAAACUGUUCAUCUGUUCAGAUCUUCCGUUAUAGUCCAACGUUUGGAUGCAUGUUUGCAAUGCUAAAUUAAAGAAUAAAUCACACAUAAUACAUUUAUCCGCUCAUCAGCUGCUGUGUUUUUCCUCCAUCAGGAGACAGGCCCCGAAAGCUGUACGCAGAACGAGCUCUCAACCUGCCACUGGGAGCUGAGCUUAUCACCGGCAACAUGUGGUAGUGCUGUCGAAUCUGAAUUUCUCCCUACCUCUACAUACAACAGAUCUUUCCAUAACCGCUUAAGUUUUCUUUGUGUACCUUCAUGCUGCACUUUACUGCUUUACUGAUAUUUUCUUAACUUCAUCCCCUUUCUUGAACGAUCAUCACAGCCUGUGCUAUCUAAUCUAAUCAACAAACUGACUCUUGACUGUGUUUUGUGUUGAUUCAGUGACCUGCUAUCGACUUCCUCAAACUCAGAGUGUCAGGAUGGCCUGGCGGGUGGUCACUCCGACUGCCCUUUCCAGCGACGCAUCAUCCCCGCGCACAGACUGCGACCACGGAGGACCCACCCUGAGAUCUUCCAGGUGUGGAUCUGUUUUUAUAUUUCCUCUCUUGUUCUGCAAUCUAACCGCCUUUACGGUUAACGAGAGGUCAUCCUUUAAGACCGAAAGCAGAGAAAAAACGCAUUAUUUUUCAACCAGGUUUCCCAUGUGAUUCUAAGAUUUUUUUGGAGUGGGUUUUGCUCAGUGACUCACCUGUUUUUGCAUGCCAGGAAGUGAAAUGAUACCAAGCUCAGUGGUUUUGCUGAUCAAGUAGCUGGUUAGAGUAAUGUGCCAGCAAAGGGUGUGAAGAGGGAGACAUGUAGAAAGCUGAUGUGGAUUUAAACAGUGUAGGUUUCAAAUUCUCACGACAGUGUCUUUUUGCCUUCGGUUUGGAGGACAGAACAGUUUUAUUUUGUGUCUUUUCAGCCUCAAGGACAAUAAAAUGUGAAUGUAAACAAAUAUAAACAAGUCCGUAAGAAGGAGACCUAAUUGAAUUAUGUACCACCAUUCUCACCAACACACUUAAUCUUUAAUUCUCACAGAGUUUUUAGGUGUUUUUUUACCACAGAAAGUUGUCAGAAGGAGACAAAAACUACAAUCAACACAUUGGUUAAUCAGAUUAGUUUUUACUUUCUGUCAAACUGUAAACUAUGAGUCAUUACUGCUGUUUUGUAACAGCCAGCAAAUGAGUGAUUUAGUCUAAUCAGUGCAGAGCGUUGCAGCGUUCUAAGCUACUCGUCCCCACUGAGGCAGAAACAGCUCCGUCUCUGCUGAAUCAUUACUGCACCUCUUUUUGCCUGUAAAAAGGCUGUUCUGUGUUCUUAUAAUGAUCCUGACUGUUGAAUAUUCAGCACAGGAGAAAACUUCAGACUUUUGUUGUUUCCUGAAUAAUUGCUGCUGAAGUUUUUGUGAGUAUAAAUGAUUUGCUUUUGUGUGCGACCGUCAGGAAGAGGACUCUUUGGAUGAUUCAUCGGAGACCUCCACUCAGGAGAAACCAACCAGGAAGAUUUAUUACAAACUGAAACUGUUCCCUGGGAAGUGGAUCAACAUUUUGUACGACAGACUCACCCUGCUCGCUCUUUUGGACAGGUAAAACGUACUGUCGAAAAACCUGCUUGAUGCUUUUCACUAUCAAGCCAUUAACAUGUAAUAUAACUCUGUCAAUAGUGUGUAGAUACUUUCUUUUCAAUCAUGGCUGUGUUUCUAAUUGUUUACAUUAUUUUUCUGAUUUACCUUCACAUAUACAAAAGCACUGAUACAGACUCUUUUAAUCCACCAUAACCUGUCUUCGCCUUUGUGCGCAAUGCUUCAUACAGAAACCAGGAUGUUCUGGAGAAUCUGGUUGCAGUCUUCAUGGCCUUCCUAGUUUCUUUCCUGGGUUUUGUGCUUCUUAACCACGGCUGCUUCAAAGACUUCUGGGUCUUCCAGUUCUGCCUUGUCAUCGCCAGCUGCCAGUAUUCCUUACUGAAGGUAAAAAGACACAAAACCUCUGUGAAAGGUAGAUUAUACAUAAACUUCUUUGCCCUCUAAAUAUAGCUUUGAGCAGUUUACCUGAAUUUCUAAUUCGGAGUAAUUAGACGAAACUUUAAGAAAAGGAAAGGACACUGUGAACGAUGUUUGAGCUUAAAGAAAAAUGACCCCUGAUCCACCUGUUUCUGUUGAGCUUACAUAUUGUUUCUAGCUGUCCUCCAUCUCAGUAUAUAAAUGCUCAUUUAGUAUUUGCUUGUCUUUUCAGAGUGUUCAACCUGAUGCAGCUUCACCUACUCAUGUGAGUUUAACUUUACUUAGUCACUAAAUCUAAAAAAUAUUUAAUUGAAAACGAAAAAGUCUUUAAAAAUAUUCUACUGAUAUAUCAUUUAUUCAUUCUGUACUAUUUAGUUAACCACUUUCUUUUUUUUUUCUUAUUUAUCUUUGUAUGUCUAUUUGUUUAUCCUGUUUGUUUUUCCUUAUUACUACAAUAAGUAAUAGAUAUUUGAUAUACAUCUGCAUCAUAUUCAGCAAUACCUGGUUAUGGUAUUAUUAUUAUUAUUAUUUUAUUUUAUAUUAUUAUUUUAUUUUAUUUUAUUUUAUUUUUUCUACACCACUGAUCUUGUCUCGGAUACUGUUCAUUGUUUAAGGAAAAACUCUGACUAAAAAGUAAAAAGAAAAUAAAUAAAUAUAUAUUGGCUGUAUUUUAAUGUAUUCCAAAGGAACUCAUACACACACAUUUAUGAUGCCUCUGUUGUGUGGUCUUGACUUGUAACCGUUGUUCCCUUUUUAAGCGCUGCAUGAUGUCAGUCUUUGGUAUAUCACAUCAUCAGUUCCUUUUUCCAUUCAUUCUUUAGUUGUUGACUGAGAACACAGAUGUAUGCACAUAGAUGGGGAAGAUAUUGGUUAAAAACAAGAACAAAGAUAAACUGAUAGUUGUAAACUGAUGUGACCCUGCAUGACAUAAUCGUUAACAUCCUCACAAACGACUUGAUGAUGCUGACUAGAUGGACACGUACAGCUUCUUGUUUGACUUACUUACUUCUCCUUCAUGGGCACAUUGAACGCCUAAUGAGUCAUGAUAACCACGAUUAAUCAAAGUGAUUACAUUUCACUGGGUAUUGAUGCAUCUUUAUCUGUAAUUAAUCAGUUUAUAUUUACAUACCCUCGAAUUAUAACACACAGCAUAGUGUACUACUACUGCUCCUUUAAAAUCCUGUGCUGUGUGUCCCGAUUUGUGUGUCUCCAGGGUCAUAACCAGCUGGUGGCCUACAGUCGAGCGGCCUACUUCUGUAUCUUCUGCACUCUGAUCUGGCUGCUGGAGCAGCUGCUGAGGAUAAAAGACCUGCCAGUCUCCACCCUGUAUGGAGUCACCAUCGUCUGCCAUGACGCGCUGCAUUUCCUACGGGACAUGCUCGUGGGUAGGGAAUCAUGUGACGACACAUGUAGCCUCUAGAGGGAGCAUCUCUUCAGACCAUCAUGCAACAUUACUUGUUGUUGUCAAAUACUAGAUUUAUCUCCGGCUCAAAACUAUAUUGUUUAUUCAUUACAGAUACUAAAAGACUUCUGUGUGUUUGAUCUAUUGACAGGUUUUACCUACUGCUUCCCGUUCACUUUCCUGGUGGGCCUUUUCCCCCAGAUCAACACCUUCACCAUCUACCUGCUGGAGCAGAUUGACAUGCACCUCUUUGGAGGAACAGGUUAGUGUAGCGAAACAGAAAUGGAGUUUCUUUCUGGUCAUUUUUUUAACCUUUUACUUUAUACUGGGAUUUCUGGAUGCAUGUGUGGAUUUCAGAUUUUCAGGUUUGAGCCUCUGUGAUUGAUUUAGUCAUUUUGAAAUUUUGUGACCAAAAGUUAAAUACCAAAAAUAAUAAUUGAAAAAUACAAACCUGUUUUGUCAAGAACCGUGGAUGAUGAUUAAUCAGACUUUAACCCACCUGAUGAUGCAGGUUAAAACAUGCUCAACCUUGAUGGGAAAACAUACUUACGUCUGAAAAAGUAACAUGUCCAUAAUUAUUCUAAUUUGUGUAGGAAAACGUGUUCAUGUAUUUAACAAAAAAAUGACCAAGGAAAAGUAAUUAAAAAUAACUAGAUUAGUUAUUGAUUAAUUCCAAGUUAGAGGCAUGUAUUUUCAUUCUUACUUUUAUUGUGUUUCAGCUGCUACGAGUCUCGUCUCGGCCGUCUACAGCAUCCUACGCAGUCUGAUUGCUCUGUCUCUGCUGUAUGGUUUCUGCUUUGGCGCUCUCAAGGUAAAAAAAGAACCAAAAACAAAAAAAAGAAUGCUCCCUUCUCUCCUCUCCCUCUGGCAUCUUCAGAGUUUUGAUGUGAAUCUGGGUUUACGGUCAUCCUCCUUGUUAAAGAAAUAGAAGAAGAUGGGGAGUUCAAUUAUAAAUAGCGUGCAGCCGGGCAGUUUCACUGAUGCAAGUAGAGUUGCAGCAAAAUACAAAGUGUUGCCAGUCAUCUUUCAAAGUGACGUAAAGGUUUCAGCUGGAGAAGAAGCUUUUGAACUGUUGGAGACAUAAUAGUGUUAUUCACUCAGGUUUGUGUGUGUGUGUCUGUGUGUGUGUGUUGUUACAGGAGCCGUGGGAUGAGCAGCACACGCCGGCUUUGUUCUCUGGUUUCUGUGGACUUCUGGUGGUUUUCUCCUACCACCUCAGCCGACAGAGCAGUGACCCCUCUGUGCUGCUGUGAGUAUCAGUGCAUGUGUGGGCAUGCAGGGGUGGAGCUAGACUUUUUGGCUGACUUGUUGUGAAGUUUAUGUGCACUCUCACUUAAAUGGAUACCAGUUCUGUCUUCUGUUUGUCUCCUCUUGUCAAAUCCAUUUCUACUAAACUAAGUUUCAAAGAAAUAUUUUAUUCCUCUGUAGAUUUUUUUAUCCCUCAAGAGUAACACAAUAGCGUUCCAACCUAUAAACAUUUUCAACUUCUCAGCAGCUUCUCAGUACGUGUCAAAAAUAACAAUUCAGAGUAAUAGCGGCAUAAAAAAGACAUUGUUUCUUAUUAACAUAAGGAAAUAUUUUAAUAUUUGCUGAGUUUUUAGCAUAUAUAUAUAUUUAUGCCAUGUCUGUAUUUUUCAUACAGGAUACAUUAUCUUGUGCCACAUUUGUGACAUUUACAUUUUCAGGUCUCUGAUCAAGUCAAAGAUUAUGCCUGCCUUAGUGGAGAGUGAGGAAGAAGAGGAGGAAGACACAGACAUUAAAGACCCACUUCCUGAGAAACUGCAGAACUCCAUGGUGAAUAAAACGGAUUAUGUUCAUCUCAGCUGAUUGCUUCGUUGAUAAUGUUCUUGUCGGAUAUUUCAGCUUCAUGAAAACAUGAUCACACUUUUCAAGUGUUAAAUAAACAGAUGUUAUAUCUGCCUAGAGUGGCAGCUUGGAUUAAUAUUUAACAGGAAAUAAUUACUUCACACCGGAGGUAUGUGAGACUAUAAAACAUGGUUUCUCAAGACAGAUAAUGAAUCAUCAUGUAGGAUUACGAGGAAUUUUGCAUUCAGGAAAAUGAGCCUCUCGCUGCCUUUUACACUUUUAAUGGUGGAUUAUGAAGCUUUUAACUCUUUGCAAGCUGCUGCUCUUUGAUCUCCAAAAACGGAGGCAAUUAGACAAAAGUAAUCAAACCUAAAUGAGUCAGACGGAUGAGUUUUCAUUCAGUGCGGAUUAUAAAUGAUCACAUCUCACCCUCUCACGCUCUUCAGAAGGAGAUUCUGCUGUCGGAUGUAGUGGUGUGCUCUGUCGCCUACAUCCUGACCUUUGCCAUCACUGCGAGCACUGUGUUUCUGUCCCUCAAGGUGAGACGGCUUCCUUUUUUCAUAUCCCCUGGUACGUCUUGUCCUGUUUUCAUUUUAUUUCUCUCAUUAUUUUAUAUCUGACUACUUUUUCCCAGCCUUUUGUCACCAUCGUAUUGUAUGCUCUGGCCGUUACGGUGGGGUUUGUCACCCACUACCUGAUCCCCCAGUUGAGGAAACAUCACCCUUGGUUGUGGAUCUCCCAUCCUGUACUCAAGACCAAAGAGUACCACCAGUUUGAGCCCAGAGGUCAGACUCAAACAUUUCUGAAAGCUUAAUAAAUUGCUCAUGUUAAUCUCUGAACAGGAAAAGGUCGAGGGGUUCUCUAAAUGGAUUGUUUGGGAAAAUGUGUGAAAAAAUUAAAUAACCUGCAUCCAGGUCCACGAUUAAAACCGAUUAAUUGAUUUCUAUGUAUAAAGUGUUUUCAGACUCCUUGUGUUUGACACUAUGUUUUACUGACAGAGGUGGCAGUGAUAUUUUGGGCAUGUUUGCAGAGGGACCCUUGAGACUUGCAAUUUAAAAACAGCUUUUUCAAUAAGAUCCUGACAGACUCCCCUCAGAGUAACCCCAAAACAACAAAAAGAAAAAGCUCUUGUUUCUGGAAACCUUUAACUUAGUGUCUUUAUGUUCUGGAGAUUUGUUUUAUUCGGAUCUGUUUGAAUGAGUCCUCUUCACUUGCUUGUGUGUUUCAGAGGACGCUGUGCUGAUGUGGUUUGAGCGACUGUACGUGGGGCUCCUGUGCUUUGAGAAGUAUGUGGUGUACCCCGCCAUCGUGCUCAGCGCGCUCACCAAUGAUGGCUUCGCCCUCAGUCACCGCAAGAAGCUGGGUAUCCAGUGAGUAAACACAUUCAGCAACAUACACGAGGCAGCCCGUUACAUAUACACAACUUUAAGAAAUCUGAAGUGCUGGUCUGAACUUGUCUUUGUGUUUCCUUCAGCUGUGAUGUCCUCCUGACCACAGUGGCUGGAAUGAAACUCCUGCGUUCAUCUUUCUGCGACCCCAGCUUCCAGUUCCUCACUCUGCUCUUCACGCUCAUCUUUUUUCAUUUUGACUGUCCGCACGCCUCAGAGAGCUUCCUGCUGGAUUUCUUCGUUAUGUCUAUUAUUUUCCACAAGGUAAGAGUUCAGUCUGGUGAUAUCCAGAGUGAGUGUUGGCUAAUGUAAUACUAGAUACAGUGCUCAGCAUAAAUGAGUACACCCCUUCAGAGUUGUCAGAAAAUCUUUUGUUUCUUUUCAAAAUCAACAUUUUCUAUGUCAGACUUUAGAAACAAAAUACUCCCCAAAUGUAGGCCAUCUAUUGAAAACAAGAUUUUUUAAGAUGCAUACAAAAAAGUAUUUUUUUAAAUGUAAAAUCAGGAUGCAAAACUGAGUACACCCAAAUCAAAGUUCUGCGAGCAAAGACAAAUUUUAGUUACCAUAUCACCCUUAUUUUCAUCUCAUGGUAACUAAAAUGUUCUGAUAAACUCAGUUUUUUCAAAACUUAGGAAAUAGUGCUUUUGUGCAUCUAGAUAUUGAGUUAUAAAUGACUUUUAUUUGGGGGUGUACUGACUUCUGCUGGGCACUGUAGAUCCAGAGAUGCACAAACAAAAAUUGACACACAAAAUUCUCUGAGAAAAAAAUGCAAAACACAGAUGCAACACUCACCUGCAAGAACUUAAGAAACUGACAGACAGGUAUUACGUGACUUACUUUUAAAUGGUUUGACCAGUUUCACUUUACAGAUCUUUACAGUGAAACAUAACGAAGUCGACUCAGUAUUACACUUAUAUUAAAUUUAGUUGCAUUUUGGGAUCGUGGAUUACAGUGAAAUAACAGGUCUGGGACAUAAAAACAAACUUUUUUUUCAUUUUGUUUCUGGUUGGCAGCUUGUCUUUUUCAGAUAGUUUAGAAGUGAAUAUUUAAGCAAAUAAAGAAGACAAAGAUAAUUCAAUAACAUUCAACCUAUGACCAAAAGCUUAACAACCCUGCAGCCUCAGAACUCUGAUAAUAUAAAUUCUGUAUCUGCUGAAGUACUGAAACUUUAUAAAAGUGACAUAUCAAAUAACCAAGGGGCUCUGAAAUGGGAACUUCCUGCUAAAUUUUGCAAGUUUUGUCCACUUGUUAGAGCAGGCAUCCCAUGUACAACAGGAACAGUCCUGAAGUCACUGGUUGUAGGAUUGAGUCCCAACUGGAUUUGGUCCCCCAGUCUCUUUUAUGGUGCUUAUUUUCUCUUUCCUCAAACCCAGUGUUUAGAGGAUACUAUAAAAUAUGACAUCUUUAACACAACUCUACAGUAUGGUGUCUGGGUUUCUUUUUCAAGUGGCGUUUACACACAUUUAUUCAUACGCCGCAGUUGACCACAUAUGGUCCGAUGUGGAAAAUGUCAUAAAUAUCACUUGAUUCUGCAGGGAGACAAAGUUUGUUUGAUGCAUAAAAAUAACACACUCUGAUGUGAGAUGAAUCGACCGCUGUGUUGAUGUCUGCACAUAGAGGACUGACUGUGUUGUUUGUGUUUCUGUACAGAUGCGAGAGCUGUUGCUGAAGCUCCAUUUCAUCCUGGUUUACAUCGCUCCCUGGCAGAUCGCCUGGGGCAGCGCUUUCCAUGCCUUUGCUCAGCCGUUUGCUGUGCCCCGUAUCCUUCCUCUCAGACUUCUUUGUGUGUGUGUGUGAAUUUGUGUUUGUGUGUGUGUGUGUUAUAGACAGCAGUUCUAGCUUUCCUCUCCUUGACUGCUGUGUGUAACCAGACUCCGCAAUGCUGUUGCUUCAGACUUUACUCACCACCAUCUUCUACACUCCGUUGGCUCCUUUCCUGGGAAGCGCCAUCUUCAUUUCCUCCUAUCCUCGACCCAUUAAGUUUUGGGAGCGAAACUACAAGUAAGAUCCUUAUGAAGUGAGUCAGUGGGUCUGGAUACAGAUUCACAAACAGCGGAGAGAUUUAAAUCCAGGAUUAGGAUGGACUAAAGACAGCUGCUGGUUAUUAAAAAAAAAAGUUGUAUUGUCAUCAGAUCAUUUGAAAGAUUUUACCGGACAAUAAUGCACCAAGUUUCCUGUUCCAGCAAGUUCUGUUAGUCAGCCUGAUGCAUCUUUGUCCUUAAAGCCAAAGAGCACCAUUAUUGUCCAGACAAAUAUCAGUCAGCUCGACUGGAUGACUUUUUCUCAUUUUUAUAAAUAUUUUUCCUGCAUAGUUGAAGCUGCUUUUGUACUUAUUGUUCUUUGAGUCAAUUGUACAUACACAAUAAGACUGCCAUGAAAUUUACAAAGACAAAAUUGGUCUAAAAAAAUCCACUACUGAAACAUGUCUGUUAAGUAUAUUCAAAAUUGCAGUACUGCUCCUUUAGGAAUAAUCAAAGUAUUUUAUAAAAACAAGGUCUAUAAAAUGUGUCAUGUUUUUAAGGAUGCUAAAGGCUCUGAAGGAUUUACAAAGACAACGUCGGUGGGUUAAAAAGGAAUCUAGACAUGGAUUUCUUUUACAUUUAUUUUGUUUAAACAGUAACAACAGCAGCUCGAUCUUUUUUCUCUAUUUAUAAAAUUCAUAGUCCGACCUUUCAAAGUGAGUGAAGCUGACUUGUAUACAGAUACCCUCCUCCUCCUGUUUUUCGCUCUUACACAACGUCACCCCUCUGUUCCCUCUUAUUUAUUGAUGUAGGAGACUGUACUUCAGCACCGCUGAAAGCUCUCCAAAAUAGCUGCAGCUUUGUUGUGCAAACUUCACUGAUGUGACAUAAAGCAGCUUGUGGUUAUAUUUAGAUGCUUGGGUUUGUUUUGGAACUGAAACAUUAAAAAUCUCUUCUGGCGGCACCGCUGCAGGAGUUGAGUCUAGGAGUUAUAGGCUGUAGCUGAGCAGAUUGACAUCAUUAACAUCAAGACAGCAUGACAACAACAAGUUUUAUGUAGAUGAUGACUGAAACCACAGAAAAGUCUUGAAAUAUUAACGAUCAGCUGUUGCCAAACAAUAAAAAAACAACUCCUGUGACCCUGUACUUAUUGACAAAACACCCAGACCUCAUCUUUUGUUAUUAGUUUGAUUUCCAGACUUUAGUGGCAAAAAUUGCAUACUGCAUCUUUAACAUGGUGUUUUUUAUCUCUGGUUGUCUGCAGCACAAAUCGUAUAGACAACUCUAACAGCAGACUGGUGUCGCAGGUUGAUAAAGAGACAGGUAAGCCCUUUCAUCUAUUAAGAGACACUUUCGAACUUUUGUUGUUUCAAAGAAGCACAAAGAAAGGAUGCAGUCACUGCAUGGCUCUUAUAGUUAAGAAUAAAUGAAGAGAAGGAUGCAUGUUGCAACUCUUGACACCAUCUUUGACCUGUCUUCCCACCUCUUCAUCGUCUGCUUACAGGGUGUGAUGAUAGCAACCUGAACUCGAUCUUCUACGAGUACCUGACCCGCUCGCUGCAGCAUUCACUCUGUGGAGACCUCAUGCUGGGUCGGUGGGGCAACUACGGCGCUGGAGACUGUUUCAUCCUAGCGUCUGACUACCUCAACGCCCUGGUCCACCUCAUUGAGAUUGGCAACGGGUUGGUCACUUUCCAGCUCAGAGGGCUGGAAUUCAGAGGUAGAUUUUGAUCUUUGCCGGCGUUUUCUUCCACUCUUAAACUCAACGCUGACUAACCGGCUAACUCUAUCUCUCUCCAUCCCAGGUACAUACUGUCAACAGCGAGAAGUGGAGGCCAUCACAGAAGGCGUGGAGGAGGACGACGCGUGCUGCUGCUGUGAACCGGGCCACUUGCCUCACAUGCUGUCUUGCAAUGCGGCCUUCAACCUGCGCUGGCUGGCCUGGGAGGUGAUGGCCACUAAGUACCUGCUCGAGGGUUACAGCAUCAGUGAGAACAACGCCGCUACUAUGCUGCAAGUGUACGACCUCAGAAAGCUUCUCAUCACCUACUACCUGAAGGUUCGAAUCAAUCCGUGUGUGUCUAUUUGGGAAUAUUUUACAUGAGGAGACGUGCUACCUAUCAUGUGUCUGUAACUGUAGCUCUAACCUGAACUGAUCUUCUGUUAAGAAAGAAGAAAGAAGAAAAAUGAGAUUUUUUGAAUUUGUGCACAUUACUUUUGCUUUUUCCCAUAUCACAAAUUGCUUCAGUAUAUUUCAGGUGUCCAGAGUCUGCCUCUGCUGGUUUUAUCCAUCAAUAUCAUGCCCCUCUUUUAUACAAAAACAGCUCAUCUGGACUCUCAUCUCAUUUUUUUUUAAUAUUCAGAAUUCAGUUCCUUUGGAGAUGUUAAAAAGACUUCGUUAACCUUCUUUUUUUGGAGCUUUAAUUUUAUUAAAUUCCUGACACUGAAAGGUCCCAACUGCAGCUUCAAUAAUUCAUCAAAUUUUGGCACAUUACUGACCUUCUGCUCAGUUUUUGGAGGGGAAAUUCAAUAUUUUAUUUGUCUCAACAGACUCAUUUUGCAGCCAAAAGGUUAAAAGGUGUGACAGGCAGUUAAAGCAGUAUCUUAUGUAUUAAUCACAACAUGUGGCAGCCCAUAGCUCUCUUCUCCUCCCUCCAGAGCAUCAUCUACUACCUGGUCCACUCCCCCAAACUCUCCACCUGGCUCAAGGACGCCUCAAUCGAGGAGGCGCUGCAGUCUUACACCAAGUGGCACCACAUUGAACGUGACCCUCAGGUCUUCAGUGUGAAGAUCGAUGAAGACUAUGUGCACUGUCUGCAGGGGGUGACACGCGCCAGCUUCUGCAACGUCUACCUGGAGUGGAUCCAGUACUGUGCGGGGAAGAUGGAGACAGUACGUCUCUUUUUAUAUCAGACUUCAUUAUAGGUUAGAGCUGCUUAGGGAGGGUGGACCUCGGGUAACUUUGUAAGACUUCUUAAUUGGUCAAUUAUGUAACUACACAAAAUCAACCCCAACAUUUAACUUUUCCAAUCCAAUCCAAUCCAUUUUAUUUAUAUAGCAUGAUAUAAGCAAACGCAAGGUUUCCAAAGUGCUGCACAGCAAGAUAAAAAUACAAUGAAUAACACAACGGGACAAUAGAUGAGGUCAAAAUAAAAUGAGAUAAAACAGUGAACUCAAAAUAAAAACAAACACAAUAAAUAAAAUCAAGAAAAUAAAAUAAAUGAAGUCAACUUCCUACUGGGUGUUAAAAGCUAAGGAGAUAAAACUCAGUAGUUUUGAGAAGCGUAACCUCAUCAUUUACUGACAAUGUUUGGAAAGUGAGUAAAAGGGAGUCAUUAAGUGGCAUUACAUAGAUUUAAGUUAAUCUAAAUUCUCAUAUGAUUCCUAUCUGCAGUAUUUCCCUCAUAAGAUGUAAAUCACAUCACCAUGAAUGUUUUUUUAGAUAAUCUGUACUUCUAUUUGUCUUUCUCAUAUUCAAUUGUCUUUAAAAUUAACGUCUCCUCAUGUUUGUAUUCGGUGCAGCCUGUGGACAGCGAUGAAGACUCUUCUUUGGUGACUUUGUGUUACGCUCUCUCUGUCCUCGGGAGGAGAUCGCUCGGCACAGCAUCACACAACAUGUCCAACAGGUAAGCCUAAAAAGAGUGUCACAUCAUAAAGAUUGAUGAGUAUGUCUGAGAUCCCUCUGUAAAUAACACAAAGACACAUGGAAACCUGGUUUAUAGGUUUGAACUGUCAACUAUUUGUAAAGCCUCUAGGACUCAUGAAUCCUACUAACAGGAUUUGUCUCAUUAGGAGUGAAAUCAUAAUUGAAUAAACUAUUAGUAGAUAGAAAGAAGAAGAACCACCUCUUCUAUUAGAUCCAGUUAGACCACUGUAGCCACAGGUGACCAUUAGAGGUAGAUGAUAAAUGUCAAAAUGUACUGUACAGUAAGUAAAAUAAACUGAUAAGAGACACAAAGUUAGACAGAAAUAUCCGGCCUAUAUUCGCUUACGUUUGCCAUCAUAAGUGAAGAUAGACAAACUUUGUUAAGUGUUCCUGAAUGAGGAAAUGCUCAUUUGUGCUUUUUUAAACACACUGAAGUUUUUUAUUUACCAUUAACAUUUUCAUUGAGUUUAGUUAUAAACUAAUUUAAACAUAAUAAAUGAUUGAAUCAAACCUAAUGAAUAAAGACCAACAGGUAAAUAACAUUACCUUUGUGGAAAUACUCUUGAUUAGUUUAGAAUUAUAAAAGCCAGACUUUUUUUUCUGCAUUUAAAUUUAAUUUAUAAGUUAUUUUUAUGAAUAAAAGAGUCCCGUGUGUGUCUGCAGUGCUUUAGUUUCUGCACAGCUGCUGUAGGAAUAUGAUUCUCUGUAGCAGGAUGAGGUUGAAGUCCGUUUUCUUUAGCAGUGUGACGUACUCAACACAAGGGGGCACUAACAGAUAAAUCUUUCAUCAUACUCUGUCACUGCUCUCUUUUGUAUGUGAGUGAUUAAGAUUGUGAAAACCCUUAUUUUUUUCUUUUCUCUCUUUUUUUUUUUUAUCACUUUUCCCCGCUGCCUCUCUUCUCAAAGUCUGGAGUCUUUUCUCUACGGUUUCAACACCCUCUUUAAAGGCGACUUCCGCAUCGCCACUAAAGAUGAGUGGGUUUUCGCUGAUUUGGACCUCUUGCAGAAGGUGGUGGCUCCUGCAGUCAGAAUGAGCCUCAAACUGCAUCAGGUUUGUGCUUUCAGACUGCUGUUGCGGUUGUUUCCAAGUCCUGUAUUUCGUCAAUUGUAAAUCUAUCUCCUGUCCGCCUUUGUUUGAAUUUACUGGUUGACAUUUGUGCAUCCUUUUUCCCCCUCUGAUAAUAGCUCAUAACCACGGCCAUUUGUCUUUCCUGUGGUGGACGUUUUUCCCUCUUUAAUCUGCUCACUCUCUGCGGUGCUCCAUCAUGCCUUAUUUCUACCUUUUCAGGAUCACUUCACCUGUCUGGAAGAGACCGAGGAGGCAUCUAUCUUGUACGAAGCCAUCACAAAUUACCGCAGCAGCCUGGUCAUCUGCCAUGAAAGCGACCCGGCCUGGCGUAAGGCGGUGCUUUCCAGCCGCGACACGCUGCUCACACUCAGACAUAUGAUCGAUGACGGCACAGACGAGUAUAAGAUCAUCAUGCUGUACAAACGCCACCUCAGCUUCAAGGUCAUCAAGGUGAGAUGGCCAGAGAGCUUGUGGUGCAUGUGUGAGAAAUUUUUCAUUUUCAGGUUGCGGCUUAGGCCAAGAGAGGAUGAUAGUGCGAAAUGAAUGAGUAAUGUAGCUCAGGUACACGACAAAUGUGUCUCGAACUGUGCUGAAGGUCUGUCUAACAUCCUGGUGAAGCAAAAUACAACCAUCACAGAUACAUUUCUGUCUUUGUGGAUGAGUAAAAACAUAACUUUUAUGUAGAGCCGGACCGAAAACCCUGACAAAAAACUGCAGUACAUACAGGAACUACUCAGUAUCAUCUAUAAAUAACAGGUUUGAACUGCUGGUCAGACAGAAAAGUGCCGACUCAUACAUUUUACCAACAUGUAAAGACAUCUGAUUAAAGUUGAGUUAUUGACCACAGUGGAUUUACAGAUCAUUAACUUUUCCUCAGUAGUUACUGUAAGUGCUCCAGUUUCAGCUCAGCUAACAGAACAUUUACUCUUUUACUUGAGGGGAUCACGAGAAAGGAAUAGUUUGAGAUAAAGAUACUUUCUUCUUCUAAGAAUAACAGCUAUAAAUGGAUGCUGCUGCUCUCUGAAUGAGAAGCUUAUUCCUGUUAGCAUGAAGGCUGAAAAUAGCUCUGUCCAAGAGUGAAAAACAUACUUUUAGCUCAGAAAUGAAACGUAACAUUUGGAUAAAAGAGAUUCAAAGGUGCAGGUAAGCAGAUUUUGUCACAUUCGGAAAAACAGAGUCUGGUUGAUUUCAGUCUUUGUCACAAGAUUAAACUAACUUUUACACAAAAAACGGUUAAACACUGAUAAUUCAUGAUUCAUAAUUAAUUAUUUUAAUUGUACUUUGAUUCUCAGACAGAAAAAUCCCCUCAUUUUGUAAACUUGUACUUCUUCAUAAUGAGAAUACUUUAUUUUUCCCUGGGGGGAGUUUGGGGUAGAAAUAAAGUCUUUUGACUUUGCAGUGACUUUGAUAAGUGCAGUAAUUUUCUCCUACAUUAAUGUUCAGUAUUGAUGAUGUUGAAACCAAAUCAUCUGCUCUGAUGAAUGAAGCCUAAUAGCAUCCUUCAGUUCAGAUCUCUGCUCCUAUAAGUGACUUUCUGAAAGACUCAGAGAUGAGAAACUGUCUUUGCACUUCUCAUUUUCUUCUUUUUCCAAUCAUGUUUAUUCAUCCUAGAAUAUGAUCUGAUCACUUCUUUCAUCCCUUUGCAGAUCAAUAAGGAGUGUGUGCGAGGUCUGUGGGCCGGCCAGCAGCAAGAGUUGGUAUUUUUACGGAACCGAAACCCGGAGCGUGGUAGCAUCCAGAACUCCAAACAGGCUCUUAGAAAUAUGGUCAACUCAUCCUGUGAUCAGCCGCUUGGCUACCCAAUGUACGUUUCACCUUCACUGAAUUUUACAUUAUCUAUGAUGAUGAUGAUCGGGGUGUUUAAUGGUUCAUAUUUUAAAGCUUUUCUGCAGGAGUCCCUUGUUUCUGAUAUUUUCUGUAUUACUGAUUCUUGCAGGUAUGUGUCACCACUCACAACCUCAUACGCAGGAACACACCGCACACUUCGCAGCAUUGGCGGAGGAGCUCUAAGCCUGGACGCCAUCCGUUCAUGGCUCUGCUCGAAAUGGUUACGGUCAGUUUUGCACAUGUAUUUUUUCCCUGCACAUUUGAAACCUUAAAAAACAAAAAUCAGUUCUCUCUGUUUUCGUGCUUACUUCUCACAAACCUGCCCCUAUGACCCUGCCCGUUAUUUAACUCUCCUCACAUGCUUUAAGGGGGAAAAUAAAGACUCCCUCUUCAUCUUGGAGGUAUUUUAGUACGGUUGGUCAAAAGAUGAUGUUGUAACUGAAAGGUCAUGGGUUUCUUUCCUGGAACCAACAUCAGUCUCAAGGGCUCCUUGAAUCACUCACUUUAAGUGAGUAAGUCAAUUUACUCCACCGGGUAUCAUGCGGAGUGCACAUUUACAGUAAAAUCCUCCCAGUUAUUAUAUCUCAGAGGCUGUUUGUGAUCAGUUUCAGCUGUUCCUUUACUUGCUGUUAAAAAUAUCGCUCAUCUUUUGCAGAAUAUAAUUUCAUAGGAGACUAUUUUGACCGUACUGUUGCUAAAAUGUCUGUACGCUGCUGAGAAACAGAUGCACUGUCAUGUAGGGUAUGCCCUCAUGUCUAAUGUGGUUAUUCUGGCUAAUAAUACAGUGUUACUUAUAAGCUGUGAAAACACCUCCUUUCACCAAAGGAGGUAAAGUUAUUAUGAGGUGAAAUUACAUGUUUGUUCACAUAUUCUGCUGGUUGUGUUUCACACAAAUCAGUCUGAAAAAGUUGAAAAUUGCAGUGUAAUGCUUUGGCUGUCAGCUGAGUGAGCUCUUCGGUGUGACUCAACAGAUAUUGACCAUACUGACAGAUAUUGGAAGUCAGUGUUUGCUUUGGAGAGACUUCCUCUCAGCUUAAUGCAGUUUUAAACACACACGGACAGCAGGAGAGCAUGGUUAAGAGAAAAGGAGUGCAGACUGGAAGUGCUGCCAGAUUUUUUUGUCUCCUCCCUUUUCCUAUCGCUCCCUCUCUCCUCUCUUUUCAUUCUUUCCUCAACACAUUACCUCAGGCAUCAUUCAUCACACAGGCUUUGCGUUAACCUCUACAGGGCAGCUAAUAUGGUGUGUGUGUGUGUGUGUGCAUGUGUGUGUGUCUUUGACUCAGUGGUGCUUUUACUUAAGCUUCUUAAAGGGCUGAGUUUUCCUUUCAGAUUAGAUUAGAUUGUUAAUCCUGUUUCAGUAAAAGGUGUUGCCUUAAUUUCACUAAGUAGCAGAGAAGCUGAGGUGAGCUGCUGUGCUUCUUCAGCCAGAACACAUUUAACUUAUUUAAGAGAGGGACUGCACUGGUGUGUGUCACAUAUGAGAGCACAGUUAUAUAACAUCUUCCUGUCUCUGGGUGUGAAUUUAUGUGUGUGUGUGUGUGUGUGUGUGUGUAACCUCGCAUACUAAAUUUUUGAUGGUCCUUUGCAGGUUUUGUCCCAUGCUCCACUAAGCGCAUGAAUAAAUCAACCCGAGCCAUAUGUUUGUGUGUUUGUUGUGUGUGUUCUGCAGGGUGCGUAAGGACAACCUGACCAGCUGUAACAGCGGCGUGAACAUGGAGGAUAUGGACUGCGCCGCUGGCGGUUCUUCCUCACUGAGCCACAACCGCCCGUCCUCUGUAACAUCCAACAGCCUGAGCCUGUACCAGCACAGAGCCAGGACCACACACAGCCACCGACACAACGCAGGUACACACUACACACUCACACAGAGAGAAAUACACAACUUGUUGAACCAUGUGUAUGAUUAUUCUUGUUAGAAAAAAAAAACUUGAGCUGUAAAUGGAUGAGAACAAAAGCAAAAAUGGAGAAUAAAACACAAAGAGAGGCACAAAACACAAUUCAGAUACACAAACAGAUUUCUCAUUAUAAGCUUUUUGGUUUGUUUUUGUUUUCUCCUUUUCGUGUUCACACAGAUAGACUAAACGUCACUUUUCAAGUCAAAAUCAAAUACUUUACAAAAAUUUGUAAAAAUACUUAGUAGUUUGAUUUAUUAAAUUUUUAAGUAAUUUUUUUUUUUUUUCAAAUUAAUUUUAAUUAAUUUUAUUUUAUUUUUAAUUAAAUUUUCCUGGGAGUUAACUAUAAAGUUAAAAAAGAGAAACCAAGCCACUGUGUGUACACAGUAGGGAUGGUCGAUAAAUUAAUCGUUCACGAUAUAUUGUCAGAAAAAUCCUCGAUGAUCAUGAUUUGCGAGCUUAUGAUAAAUAUGAUAAAUGCAAGUUGAUGACAUAAACGCGAACGACGGACUUACAGCCACAGCCUACACAGAGCAGAAUAACAAACAAAGUUGGCUGAAGGUAAUGAAGAAGGUGUUUCUGAGCAGCUUGUUACUGAACGAGGCUUCUCAUGAGGGAUUUCCUUCAGGACUGGGGCUUAGAUGAGCCCAUUCAGGUCUGCCUGACAUCAGACAGUUGAUCUGCUGCGGUUCACUCUGUGCAACAAGAGUUUUCAACAGAUGUUGAAAAUGUUUUCACAUUUGAGACUUGCUUGAUGUCAUCAGUUUUCUCCAUAACCUACCACUCAAACUUGUGGUUAAGUAUCUUAUUUGAUAACUCCAACUGGUGUUUUCAAGACUAAAUGAGUCGAAAAUAUAGACUGGAAUUUGAAUAUUUUAUUAUCGGGACCUUAUUGUGAUAAAUUUUUUAGCCCAUGUCACCCAUCCCUAGUACACAACACUUUCAAAACCUUCUUUAAACAUGUCAAACCCUUACGCAGAGCUAGACUCAUUAGCAAACAGCCAUUUGCAGUUACUGUAAUGGGCUGAGGAAGUGGGCCCAUACACUUCCUCAUUGUAUAGGCUCACACACAAUAGCUGCUUUUAACAAUAAGCAGUAAUUUAGAGGUUAUUAUGGGAUAACCCUUAAUUAAGGCUUGGUAGUUUUAGAAUAUGGACAUGCAGAAUAAUGUGUUAAUAAGUGCUCUGACUAAUGGGUAUUUGUGUGAUCAUGUGUGUUUCUGCAGCCAGGAGAGAAUAUCGCAGUCGGUCUGUGCAGCCUCAGAGUCAACGCCCCCCCGUCAGCAGCCAGUCAGGACCCAUCAUUGAUUCAGGCUCCACCCAUGGGCUCGUGCAGCGUCUGUCCAACAGUCAGCUGUCCUUCAACACGUCCAUAGCCUCCAUUUUUUCACAGGUAUUUAGGAGCCCACCCAGCCAAGUAGAAUCUGCAGUAGUGGGCUUUUGCAAAGAGGAAAAAAAAAAAAAUCAGUAAGAAGAUCUUUGUAUCUCCUCAGGUCCCUCGUCUGUCAGGAGCCAGUGGGAUCAGCUCGCAGCUGCAGGCAGCGCAGCAUCAGCAGCGCUCAAGCCAGGUGAGAGCCUCUGUACCUGCAAACUACAAACACAUUAAACACAGAGCUGGAAAUGAAUAUCUCAAAAUGAAAAAAAAAAAAAAAACUUUUGCAACCCGCUCAAAUCCAUGACAAUGAAUAAAUCAGAUCAGUUUUCUCACUGUAAAGGAGUUGUCUAAAGUACUUUUUCUUCACCAAAGUCAAAAUCUGCACUUUUCCAGCGCCAUAUUUGUAGAUUUAUUGAGUCAUUUUAAAAUUGUAUUUAAUAUCAUUUCCUGUACACUAAUACAGAUGUUUCCAAGUUUGUUGAUCAUGAAUUUGCAUUUUCUAACAAACAAAAGAUAGGCAGUCUUUUCUGGUUUAAAAACUCUGAGCUAAUAAAAAAUUUACACAUUGAGAGCUCAUAGAGUAUCAUUUUUUUAAGCUCAAAGUUCCCAAUUAGUAUAUCAUAGUUAAUUAAUUCACUCCAACCUUUAAAAAACCAAAAAUCUCUAGAACCAGUUAUAUGUGACACACACAUCCAUGCAGCAGUAAACCCUGAUUGGAACCAUUUCUGGUGAAGGUGGUUUUGCUGGUGAUACUCACUCACUUAUACUGAAGCAAGGGUUUGAAUGUACAACAUUUACCAGAGUUGGAUUAUUGUCAUAGUGUCACACUUGCUUAUGCACUUAAUAACAGGAAUAAUAUCAAACAGGAACAUACACAGUGAGUGAGUGAUCUGAAAAACCCAAUUUCAAAGAUAUGAGCUGAAAUUGUUCCAUGCUAGGACGCUGAGCUCAUGUAUGGUUUCCUUGGUUUGGUUCCUAGCCAUGACCCUUUGCUGCAUGUCUCCUCUCUUUACUUCAUGUUUCCUGCCCCUCCGCAGCUCUUCUAUCUAAUAAGGGCGAACGUUUCUGAAUUACUGCAUUUUGUUGCAGAUUUUAAAUGAGUUAAUGCCAGCUGAGGUUUGCAGUUUUAUCUUUGCCGUUUUUAAAAAAACUCAUUCCAAACUCAAUUUUCCAGCUAAUGACUCUUACAUGUGAUGAAGAUGUUGUAUUGGCCACAAGCUAUUCUUAGCUGCGGCCUGCUGUCCCUCAUAAUUGGUAGUGUAUGAGCUCAUGUGUGUUUUGUGCUUACAUUUACUAUCUUAGCAUUUCGUCUGCACAGUUAUAUUUUUAUUAUGCAUCCCCUUCCUUGUGUUGCCUUCCCUCAGGUUUCCUCGUCUUCGUCAACGCUCAGCCUGCUGUUUGGGAAGCGGAGUUUCUCCAGCGGCCUGGUUAUCUCGGGGCUCUCUGCUGCUGAAGGGGGAAACACGACAGAUACACAAUCGUCGUCUAGUGUCAACAUCGCCAUCGGACCCUCUCACAGGUCAAGCAGCAGGGCCACACAGGUAGGAGCAAAUGACAGCACGGCAUGUUGUGUUCUGGCCUGAAACACUGAUCAGCCUUCUGUACUAAAAACAGUUUCAACAACAAACGAAGGAUAUUGUUCUUAUCAUGUCUUGUUGUAUCUUCUUCUCUUCUUCCUCAGUGGACAUCGGAGGCUUAUGAGAGUAUAGACGCAACUUAUUCCAACGCCGCCACAACAGUGAAAGAGGGCGCUCAGUCAGGUGACCGAGACGGCAGCCAGGGGGUAGACAAGACCCUGGAGGACUCGGCGUCUGCCUCCACAGCUCCAGAGGCCACUGAUCAAAAGACUGUCUGACAGAGGACACGCAAACACAACCUGACACACGAGUGUCCACACACAUGCCCACAUACAGGGAGGACUGUAUGAAAAGUUACACACAUACACAUACACACACAUACGUUCAGAGGAUUGUAUGAGAGAGCACCCAUGCACACCAACCUGCCUCCUCUCCUGCCCUCAGCAUGUGGUCUCACCUUGUUUGUCGGAAUGUAAAAAAGUCUGAAAACAAGAUCCUGGAUCCAGUUGAUGAAUUAAAGACGUUUUUAAAUGAGG